AUUCAUUAUCCUUCUUUAUCACCUGGUAUCCCUGAAACAUUUUCUAGGUUAGGGGGGGUGACUUCGUUUCUACUAUAAAGUGAUCCUUUUACCAUCAAACAAUCAAACCCUAAGUCCAGUUGUGUUUGACACAUUAUCACUUUCAACAUGAGAACUUUGUUUUGGAUUGCCGUUUUAGUCGCGGUGGUUGCCGCCGAUGAGAAGAAGGCAGUCCCAAAGGACAAGAAAGUUGACAAAAGAGGUCUUCUUGGACUUGGAAUCCAUGGAACUGGUCUGAUCGGUACUACCGGACUCUCAUCCCUCGCCACAACCGGAGCCAUUGGCAUCGGACCUGGCACCGUAGCUAUUGGACCUUCUGCCGUAGCCGUUGGACCUGCUGGAAUCGAUCUUGGAGCAUCUGCUCAUUCCCACACCCACACCCAAACCACCAUCACCAGAAACAUUGGAAUCCCAGUGCCACACCCCGUUGCUGUUCCUGUCGACAGGCCGGUACCUGUCGGAGUUCCAGUGAGGGUUAAUGUGCCUGUUGACCGUCCAGUUCCAUACCCCGUUGAUCGUCCAGUAGCCGUUCCUGUGGACCGUCCAGUUGCUGUUCCAGUCGAUCGUCCAGUUCCUGUUGGUGUACCCCAGCCCGUCGGUGUACCAGUUCCCCAUCCAGUUCCUGUUGGAGUUCCCCAGCCUGUGGCUGUUCCAGUAGACAGACCUGUAGGAAUUCCAGUUGCCGUUUCCCAUGGAAUCAGCCUGUCAGGAAAUGGAAUCGGCCUGUCAGGACACGGUCUCUUGUCAAGCCGUGGACACGGAUGGUAAACUAUCAUUGUAAUGUAAAUAUAAAGGAAUUUUAAAUAAACUAUUCUUUACACCUUAA